CCAAAAGUGAAUUGACUUGGACAAAGGAUCUGUUCGUUCAACAGCAGCGGAUCUGAUAGUAAAGUUAUUCCUUCGAUUUUUUUUUAAAGAAAAUAUUACGAUGUGUAUAAAUCUGAUAUAACUGAGGGUAGAAUUCAUCGAUCCCACCAUUGUUCUUUGGAUGUUUUACUAAUUGUUCAAUGCAAAUUAUAAAACAUGCAAGACGGAAUUAAUAGCAAUAAAAAAUAUUGGAGUGAAUAGUAAAACAGAGAGAGCCGAAGAGAGAAAAGCAAACACAUUUUUGAAUGAUGAACGUACCAGAAAAAUAUGUAAUAGAAAUGUAAAUUCUAAAUAAAAAAACGUCGAAAUAAUAAUCUCAAGAUUGAAAAUCGUUCGCAAACGUUCUAAUAAGCUUAGUUGAAACGUUGUUGUUUUGAUUUGUGAACAAUAGUGAAGUGAAAGCAGUGAAAAUACAUAUAUGCUAAAUGUAAGAGCGUUACGAAAGUACGGAGAAAAUGAAGUUCGAUUUGUUGGUGUUUGUGCUCAUGUCAUUUGUAUUAAAUGCAUGCUGUGGCCAACUGAGUGGUGACCCAGCACCAGCUGGACCGGGACCUCCUACCGAAUUGAAAACGACCGCAAGCCAAUUGAGCAGUGACAUUAAAACAUCGACCACACCAUAUUUACAUGUUACCAAUUCGAAACAGCUCGAUUUGAAGGCUGAUGCGGAUACAAUUGACGAUGUUCAAUAUGAUAAUCGAUUCAGUCAAGAAAAAGAUGAAAAACAAAAACAAUCACAAUCACCGCCAUUGCUAUCGCCAUCAUCAUCAAAUGAUUCUGUCAUUAAAAAUAGACAUAGAGAACACAUUAGGAAAUCGCAUGGAAAUUCGGACAACACACACCACAAGUUAAACGAAAAACUAGGAAAAACAACAAUUAAAGCAGCAACAGCCUCCAGCACAAAAGCUAUUUACAGCACCGAAGCAAAUUUAGAUAAAUUACCAAAUGAAUUCGUUAAAUUGCCGGAAAAUCAAUUUCGGUUAAACCAAAAGCCUUGUAAAAAUUUAAGCGUCGACGAUUAUCUCAAAAUGAAGGGACACCCCUAUAAAAUUAUCAACAUUGACCAUUUAGAGCAAAAUGCAACAUUGGUCACGUCAGCGAGUAGUUCGACACAUCCAAAUCACAUACCAUCAAUUUCGAUUGACGUCAAACAUGAUCUGUUCGAUGCAAAUUAUGGACUCGUUCGUAAUGUUAUCUAUACAGAAUUUAUAAACACUAGACCAAAGCCAACUAUGAAUUGUGUGCUAACACUUCGUUUAAGGAAAAUCUACGUAUUUUAUAAUAUACGAAAUAAGCCGGGAAUUGACUUCGAUUGCAUGUUUCUCAAAGCACUUUUGAUUGGCGUAUGCACAUUCCAGAAAAUCAAAGACGCGCCGGUUGAAGAUGGCAUUGUGGCACUCAUAAAAGUCCAUGUGAAAUUGUCAAAAAACGAAAGCAUUGACGACUUUUAUAUGGAAGCCAUUAUCGAUGGAAUGCACAAGGGUGUAUUCAGAAGUGAUACACCAAUGAACUGGCAUCGAAAACAUAAACAGCAUCAUUCAAACUAUAAUGGCGAUAACAAAGAUGGGUUUCUCAAUGAAAAUCGCAAACUUUUCUCCAAUCACUUCAUGGAGAACAAUGUAUCGUCGUCGAUGAAAAAAAUUCGGUUUGAUGAGAGUGGAAUCGAAAUACCAAAUAGCAAUGUUGGACAACAUAUGACAGCAUCAAACCCACCAAUUAAUUCUAGCAUUAGCAUAGGAAGAAGAAACAAACGAAUGAAAAUGAACAAUCACAUGGUGGUCGAUCAUUGUUCACAAGAAUUUUGGAGUGAAAAUGUGAUAGAAAGCAGUCGAACGUCACAAUUGAACGUCGUACGAAAAUGGUCGUACAGCAUAGCUGAUUUGAAAAACAAGACUGUUAGUUUUAGACUUUUAUUUAGAAGAAAAUCCAGUUUUGAUGUAUACGAAACGACUGCAAUAUUUAAUCUGAGCAAUGAUUGCAUAUUAUAUAUGAAAGAUACAAUUGGAAAUGUGGAUUAUACAGCAUUACCCGAGCAACAAUACGAUAAAUGUAUAAUUUUCUUUCCGUCGCGCGAACCAAUUAAUAGCGAAUCGCCUGGCCUACUGAUUGAAAUAAAGCGAUUGAAUAUUCCAUGCGAUACAGGCAGUUAUAUAACACUUAGCGAUUAUGAUAAAUUGUGCGGAAAACUUGAAGAUAUCACACCGAAUGAACGUGUCUACUAUUUUCCAUUGCAGCAAAAUAUGAGCGUAAAAUUUGAACGAAAUCCAGUGUUUAGCUUGAAUUUUAAACUCGUUGAUUACUGUUAUAAUGUCACAAUGACAACGCGUAAUAAUUCAUUUUUGCUCGAACCAAAACAUAAUUUAGAAUGCUAUUUUCUCGUACAUUUACCGUAUGGCAAUCAAAUUGAAUUGAAUUUAUUUCAAAAUUUCUAUACAAAAUCAAUGAAAAAUGGUAGUAGCAUUGUGGAGCGACGAUUGAAUCAGGACAAAUAUACAAGCAUCGAUGACAUUGAUUAUGAAUAUGUCGAUUUAAUGCUGUCUCAAUAUGUGGAAAAUGUGAACUUUUGUGUAGGCGUUGCCAUCAGCAUUACCGAUGCAAAUGAAAUGAAAUGGUCACACUGUAUAAAUAGCGAUAGUCGACCGAAAAAGUUUUCCUUUAAAUCAACUGGUAAUUCAAUGUUGAUUCAUGUGGCACGUAUACUAUACUUGGGUGGUGGGGCCAACAUUGACGGUGAAGGUGGUAUUCUUCGUGAUGACAUUAACAACCAAAAUACGGCCGAUAAUAUAUACGAUAGACCAUCGCUUUACAUACAAUAUACUGCAUUACCGGUGUCUGAAAUUGUGUCCCAAUGUGCCUUUGGUUGGAUUUCUGUUAAUCAAUUCUGCAUUUCGGCAAUCGAACUUAUGCUAUCAUGGAAAGACGCCGAAAGCCAUUGCCAAACACUUGGCGGUCAUUUGGCUUCUAUUAAAUCGGAACGCGAACAAAAAAUUAUCGAUACAUUGCUUAUGAAUAGCGCAACGUUUCGAUCAAAUGUUGCCUAUUGGAUCGGUGCAUCGGACGAAAUAUUUGAAGGUGACUUUCGGUGGUCAAAUGGUUAUCCAUACACAUUUUCAAAUUGGUUUCCGGGUUGGCCUGAACAUAAUGGCUACAAUAAGCAACCAAAUGAUGAUGGUUUGAGUGCACAGGAUUGUGUUGAACUGCGUCGAUACUUUCGCAUUCCGCCAGCCAUUCAAGCAAAAAUGAAAAUAGUUCCGGUAACAUUGACCUACAUGUGGAACGAUCGUGAUUGCAAUGAGAAGAACUAUUUCUUAUGUGAACGACCACUGUCAGAUGAACCAAUCGAAAAGUCAUGGUCAACCGACUGUAACAAAACCAUUAUAUUAUCGCACAAUCAUUUACGUGCUUCAAUAUGGAGUCCGGGCUUUCCGACACAUUAUCCAGACAAAACAAACUGUUUUACCGUCAUUAUUGCACCAAAAGGUUUUUAUAUAGCCAUUGAAUUUGAAGAAUUUGUGCUAGAAAAUGAACCACAGUGUUCUUACGAUUAUCUGGAAAUUAUUGAUUCACAUCCAAGUGAUCAUAAUGGUUAUACUGUGAACGCCAGUUAUACAAAAUCUGGAAUCAGUGAUAUUGGUCGACAUCAUACACAACGAACUGAGAAUGGUGCGAAACACAAUGAAACAAAUUUCAUAAAAAAUGUGGAUAUUUUUGAUAAUUUUCUCAGCAUCUAUAAGAGCCACCACAGCUAUUUGAUUCAAACACCAGAAAUGGGCAUCAAUUUUGAUAAAUCACUGAAUGUAAAUGCACCACGUCGCAUUUGUGGCGAUUGGAAUUCAAAGGUAAAAUUGCUUCGAUAUCGCAGUAGUGGACCAAUACUUGGAUUACAUUUUUCAUCCGAUUACUCGCACCAUUUUGGCGGUUACAAAGCCAAAGUGGUUAUCAAAAAUGCCGCAUCAAAGUGCUCUGACGAUAGAUUAAAAUCAUUCAAUGGUACUUGUUAUUUAUUCGUUUCGUAUCCCGAAGUGGAUUGGUUUACUGCUCAUCAAGUGUGUGCGGGAAUUCAUGGUGAAUUAGCUUCAGUAAGCACAGCCGAAGAGCAAAGAUUCAUUACCACAAACAUUCGCAAUGAAUUGGAUUAUUCACCGCAAACGAUAUAUUGGCUUGGUGGAAAAUUCGAAUCGAAUAAACAUUUGAAAUGGAAUGACGGUUCAAACAUAACAUACAAGGGAUGGAUUCAAGGUCAACGUCACGCUGAGAAAACGUCAAAAGAGGCAUUAUGCCUCGGUUUGCAAUGGAAAGUAUCAAGCACACCGAUGCUACCCUCUGGAUUAUUUUGGUCAUCCGAUCACUGCACGAAAUUUGGCGGUUAUGUGUGUAAACGACGAAGUCAGGAUAAUCUCGAAGUGAACUUUGAAAAUCAAACCGUUACCGGCACCGAAGGACUUUUGACAUCACCAAAUUAUCCAAAUUUAUAUCCAGCAAAUACAAAUUACUAUGUGAAAUUAAUUGGACCGGAAAAUACACGUUUGGUGUUAGAAUUUUCAAAGAUUGAUUUAGAAGAACAAAAUGAUUGCCUUUACGAUUAUAUAAGCAUCGAAGAUGAUGAAAGCUACGAACGUAAUUUUGAGUCGGUGCUAACGGCAAAAUCAAUGGCAAUGCUUACACCGGAUAAUGAUCGCAAUUAUUUAACCGAUGAGUAUAUGAUGGAUGCAGCGGCCAGAGACAGCGAUGACGCCAACGAUGAAAACAAAGUGCGUCGUAAAAAACGAAAUUCAAAUCUUCAAAUGAAAAAAUCAAGUGUGUUCAAGCGAAUUGCAAUUGAACCAUCAUUUUUUCCAUAUGUUCGAUGGUGCGGAACACACGAAUCGAAUAUGUCUCGCUUUGAUUUCAUUAGUGCCACCAAUACGGUUCUAAUAUAUUUUCACAGCGAUUAUUCUGUAUCUGGUUCGGGUUUUUCAUUGGCAUGGAAAGCAGUUAGCAUGAGCGGUUGUCCAACACAAACUUAUACAUCGAGUGAUGAUGCGAAUUACAUAAAAACACCGAACUUUCCAAAUGUGUUGCUGAACCACUUGGAUUGCAAGUACGUCAUUUUUGCGGCAAAUAAUAAAAGAAUUUGGCUUGAAUUCCAAUCAUUUGACCUGAUUCGCGACGCCACUGUCGAAAUCGAUUUGGGAAAGGGACCAUUUGUGCCGUUCAGAAACACACAGCAAUUGAAUGAUGGCGUUUUUGUGAGCUAUCAAAAUCGAGUUACGAUCCAUUUACGAACUGGCGACAAGCCAAAAGGCACUGGCUUCCAUUUGGCAUACAAAACCAUGGGUAUCCGGGAGCAACGUCAUACCAUACUACAGAAUAAAGCGAAUGGAGUUUUGUAUCAUUUAAAUUAUCCACAACCACAACCAUCUAAUAUUGAUUUUACACAACAUAUUGUCGCACCGCUGGGCGAAGUGAUUCUUUUGGAAGUGCACAAUGUUGGAAUUAGCGAAGCUGAUUGUCAUGACACAAAUAGAAUCGAAAUUUACGAUAACUAUGCCGACAUUAAUGGAUCAUUCUGGAAUCUAUGCAAAUUAUCCGCAUUAGAUGAUAAUUAUCGAGGAGAUGCAGUUCUACUGCCAUCACCCAUUCACAUAACGUCGUAUCUCAAUACAAUAAAUAUACGACAAAAAACGACUGAUCUAAUUAAUCUCAAUUUAAAUGCAAGCAUCCGAAUUCAACCAGAUUUCAAUUAUAAAUAUAAACUAGCAACAGGAAAUGAUGAGGUUGAAGCAUGCCAUCCGAACCCAUGUAAAAACGAUGGAAAAUGCAUUUCAAAUGGCAGUGUAAAUCGUUGUCAAUGUGUUGGACAUUUUACUGGACGAUUUUGUGCAUUAACUAUAUGCGAAAUGGAACCGUGCAUUUUCGGAAAAUGCGAACUCACGUCAACAUCAUUCAAAUGCCAUUGUUUGCAAGGCUACAUGGGGCAAACUUGCAAUCAGAAGCAAAAACCGUGUAUGGAUAAUCCGUGCGAGAGUCGUGGUGAAUGCUUUGAAAAGAAUGGUAAAUUUCAAUGCCGCUGCCAUGCGUGGUGGGAAGGUACAAGAUGUGAACGACGUAUGAUGCACAUUCCAUAUAAACCGUUGUCGGAACGUAUGCUACAGGAACCAUUUUGGCUUGGUUUGAUUACCGUUUUUGUGGUAUUAGCGUUUAUUGGAUUGGUAUGGUGUGCAAAGCGACAUUUUCCCGAAAAAAUUGAAAAACUAUUAGCUGAAGAAGCUGAUCGAAAUCGACCAGGUUCAAUACAUCAUCUACACAAUCAUCAUCAUCCUUCGUUGCGAGAGCAAUUACAUUUUAACAUAACAAAUUCAGCACCACAAUCAACAGCAACAACACCCGGAACGGCGCGCACGAUAUUUGGCAGAUUGGGUAUAAGAAAACCGAGUAUUUUGAGCCUCAGCAGUCCACACGCACACGCACAUGCAGGAGGAGAAACCGCUCGGACAUUUUCAUUAGAUGAUCUAUUGCGACCUCCUGCACGACGCACACCAUCGCCGGCGCGAAAAAAGAGAAAUAAUUCAACGCCAACAAAAACACGAGCUGCCAAUGAAAAGCGACUUAUACUUGAAACGCUUAUCGCGCCCGCAACCAUUGAUACAAGCAAUCGACCGAAGAUGAGCUUGGAUGACUUAGCCAUGCUAUACGAACAACGUUCUCAAAGAUAUGCUGAUGGAUUGUUAAAUUCAGAUGGCACAGAAGUUUGGCACUUUGACGAAGCAUCAACGGCUAAACGUCAAACCAUUUCUGUCGCAGAUGCAAAGAACGAGAAAAGAGUCACCUUUGCUCGUCUUUUAAGUAGGGUAUCAGCUGAACUUAGUUCGGAGAGUACAUCGAAUUUGAAAGCACUCAAUUUGCCUGUAGGAUCGUCCACUGAAUUGAUUCCGCGUCCAAGUUCUGUGCCGCCAACACCAAGUGCAAAUGAUUCACGCUCACCACAUGGAUCAUGUUCGAAUCAAGGAAGUGAAUCAUUGUCUGGUUCCGAAUUGACGAUAAACGAUGUCGGAUUACGUAAUAUGAGGCGUAUUAAACCAAAGGUGUCGAGUGCGGAUUCUAUUUUGGCAAUGUUUAGAAAUUUCACAUCAACAAAUGUAUUGUCUCAAAUGCCUUCAUCAUUAAUUAUAUCACCAUCGACAACACCAUCAGCCUCUAGUCCACAAGACAUUAACGAUGAUUCAUCAUCGACUAGUUCGAUGCACACACCAAUUAGCUACACGAGCUGUGCACCCGAUUCACCAAUUUCGUAUCAUUUGCCAAGCAAUUCAAUUUCAAUUGAAGUUCCCGUCUUAGAUCCAUUAAAUGCUCAUAAAUCAACAACAAACAAUGCAAACAAUAAUUCAUUGAAUCCGCCAACUAUUUUGCUCGAAGUACCAAGUUCAAACACAAAUAAAUGCCUCUCACCAAUUCGUGAACUGCCGACGCCCAUUCCAUCACCAGCUCUCACGCCAAUCAUGUCACGACCACAAAGAUUUUCCGGAUUUUUGCAUAAUGAUCAACAUUUUUCCAAUAAUUUUAGUGAUGACGAUGAAAAACUUUCGGUUGAACACAUCGAGAAUCGUGGUUUCAUGAAAGUCAUUGUGAAUGAGAGAAAUGCUUGUACCGCUGAUGUACCUAUACCAAAUAAACAUACACCACCGUUAUUAAGACCAAUUCCAAAACGACCGACAGUCACUUUAGAUACAAAUAUAUUGAUUGACAUUGAGCCACCAACGCCUGAACAAAGGUCACCAAAAUCACCGAAUCGACCGAAAAAUUUAAUCAUACCCCAGCUGGUUGUUCAACAAGCAAGCCCAACCAAAGAGCAUCGCAUAUCGGUGAAAUUGCUCGGUUCACCGCCACCUCAACGAGCCAAUCCAUCCGAUAUACAAAUAUUUGUGACCAGCGAAAGUCCGGAUCAAUCAACACAAAACAUACCAACGUUCAACGUAAACAAACCACCCGCAACGUUUGAGCUUCCCUUUAGUCCACCGACAAUAACAAUAAAUGCAAUUAUGACGGAAAUGGAAUCUGAUACAGACACAAUGUCGCCGGCAAAUAUAAAAUGUCCCACCCAAUUGGGUUUGCCACGCAAUGAUAUGUGCUACUUAAGCCCAUUUUCAUCAGUUAGCCGAGGUGAUCGAACAAUAUCGGAAAGUAAUCUAUCAUCAUCGGGCUAUUCGUCGAUGGCAUCACCAGCUGGUAGCCGAUGUAAUAGCUCAAGUAAUCCAUUACAUCUAGAUAUGGAUGAUGGAUCAUCUGGAUCGAAUACAAAAUUUCGAAAGAUGCGAUCAAAUUCAAUGCAAAAUGGUAAAUCUGGUGAUAGUUCGUAUGGUAAUUGCUCAAGUGGAAGCGGUGCAGCUGAUCAAUAUGGUCGCAAUAAAACUCGAUCCGAUUCAGAAACACUUUCUGAUGAUGUAUUGCUCGAGUCAAACGAUGAAGGAAUUGGAACCGAUCAUAUCGAAGAAAAACAUGACGCAAGCGAAGCAGUAAAUGCCAAAGAACUCGAACAUUUUAUUGAAAAAGAAUUACUGGACUCUGGAAAAAAAAUUAUGUUCGAAGAGCCAACCAUGUCACAACUGCAACUGCCAACAAUUGUUAUUCAGAGCGAAGGAAACGAUAAAGUAUCACCGGUCUCAUCACGUUCAGAGAGCCCAAUAAGUGAAAGAACGGGAGCCAAUCGAUUUUCACCACUUUUCUACAAUCGAAAGGAACAACAAAUUCUUCCGUUCACCGAUUCUGAUGGCUUAUACGAUUUUCCAUCAUCCGAUGGUAAAGGACAUUCAAACGCACUCUGUAAAAAGAGUAAUAUGCGCAAACGAGAGAGAAAAUUAUCUAGAGGAGUUCCAAUAGCUCUAUCGCCGACCAAAGCCAAUUCAACCGAUUUCUUGCAAAGAGAAACGACUACUAUGAGCAAUCCAAGCCAGCAAUCGAUGCAAAUGUUUCAAGUUCGUAAAAGCCCAAAGAAACGACCAUUAAAACGAUAUACAAUGGUCAGUAGUUCCUCGUCAUCCGAGAGUUUAACCGAUACGAAAGCCCGAUUCGGACUUUAUUUAAAGGGAAAGUCUUUGAAACGCACUGAAAAUGAUAUUGAAAAGGAUGCGACGAAAACGAUGCAACAUGAGGUACCACCUGUAGCAAGACCAUGCCGAAAAAUAAAUCGCUUGCGUGCGAUUGGAAAUCAAAUAAGGUUUCUGCGAAGAUUGCAGCAUUCGCUUCGAGCUAGAGCGCGAAAUCAACACGAUUGCAUAUCAUCGCAUAGCUGUACAGACGAUGAUGACAUCGACGAUUCAAUACCAGAUUCUGACAAUUUGACACAAACGGUAAAACUGAACAACAAAAGCAACGAUAUCGACGUAGAUUCGGUAGCAACACAAUCAAAAUCCACGGAAUCAUAUUCUCCACCGAAUGUUAUUCAUGCAACAAAAACGACACGAUCGCUUAGUUUAAACGCAAGCCAAGGUCACUUCAUUCGGACGAAAGAAGCGCGAACCGACGCUUAUCUUGACGAAGUAAACAGCAACUAGAGACAAAAUGAACAGUGAACGACAGCGAAUUCAAACGAAUUAUGACAAAAUUUGAUCAGUGCAAUAUUAGCGAGGGUUAUUUUAAGAUAAAAUAUAACGUUUUUUGCAUCAUCUCAAUGAAAAUAUUCUUCGUCGCUUUUAGUUUUCAAUUUACUUUGAAUUUUAAUCUAAUUUCUAUUUUAGAUAAAAGACUGAAUUAUUAUUGCAGAAAAAACAGCAAAAUUGAAUUUUGAAUACAACAAAAAUUCUAUUUUAACGUUUUUUUAAAAACAUUAGUAUUUAGUAAAACAAGAAAAAAGUCCAGUUUCAGAGAGUUCUAAUUUAUUUAUUUGUAUUUUAGUGUGAAAAAGCUUAAUAUUCAUCGGAAGUUUAAUCGACCAAUCUUUUAUUGAUCAAAUAUUUUUCAUUUAUACUUUGAGAUUGAAAAAAAAAAACAAAUGCUUUUUCAAUGUUUGCUUUCAAAUAGUAGAAGCACAGGGAUCUAUUUUCUUCUUAUUCAUAAGCAAUUCAAAAUUUAAUAAAAUCGCUUUUAACAUUGGUGUGUUGUAAUAAUCAAAUUUAAACAUUGGAACCAUCUUUUUUAACAUUUAAAUUUAUACGAAUGAACGAAAGUGAAGGGAAAAAAGUUUUAAAAAAAUCAAAAAUAAUUUAACUGUAUAUAAAUUUUAUUUGAAAAUAUCUAUAAAAUAAUGAAUUAGCUGGCUCUUCUUCACAUUAUAGAGUUUGAAACUGUGAUUGAAGAUCGAAUAAAUGAAAAUUCAAGUUUAAAUGGAGGAUAAACAAUAAAACACAUACACACAUACAUUCACACUCAUACACACGAUAGAUAUGUUAUUAUGUAUUAAACGCACGACACGUUGAGUAAUUGUAGCACUUCUCAAUGUUCUUUGCAAAACCAAAAAAAAAAAAUCGAAACCAAAUACUAUGCACUUCGAAUAUUAAACAUUGAAGCGCUGAACAUUGUAUGAGCAUUUUUUGUACAGUUAGUAGAAAUUCAAGCCUUAAAAAAGUUACAUAGCAAUAACAACAGAAAAUACAACCAAAACACAAAAUUUCACUUUAUCCUAUUUUUAAGAUUGAUAUAAACCAGACAUUAUAUUGGGAUAUUUUCAGCCAGAUGGAUCAGCUCAGCUAGAUAUCGUCAGGAGCUGAAAUGAAAUGAAAACAAUAAAAGUAAUUGUUAU